AGAUCAGUGCUUCUAAACUGUUUUUGAGAGUACCACCGGUGAUAGUGUGAAAGUCAUGGAACCGAAGAGAAUUUUCGAGAUCGGUGUUGGCGAUGAUGGAAGAAAUUCAGGACUGAGCACACCAGCGCGUCCAGGAACUCCAUCCAGCGUCCCUACUUCUAGACCUUCUACUCCAACGGGAAGGCGACCUUUCCAUUAUUACGGAACAGUUGGUAGGCCGCCAUCCAGCUUAGAAGCGGGCACGUUGGAACCAUCCCGAGUGUCUGAUGCAUCUAUUUCCGAACAGAACGUGUAUAUGCGAUACAAGUAUUACAGCAGACUGCGUCAGAGAGCGGACAGUUCUGAAGCUGCUUUGUUGAUUCCAGAUCAUGUUGUGCCGUCGUCAUUUUUCAUUCCCCUUUUGCCAUUGCCUGAUCUUGCCGGUCGGCAAUCUAGCGUGGUUACAAUAUUCGCCAUAUGGAAUACGAUGAUGGGAACUUCGCUAUUGUCAAUGCCUUGGGCCAUUCAACGUGCCGGAGUCAUCUUGGGUAGCGGGUUGUUGCUGCUGAUGUUCAUGGUUUGUUUGUACACCGCAUAUCGAACAGUAAACGCGCAGUCCAAUGCAGGUAUUACUGGCGACGUUUUGGAAUUGCCUCAACUCAUGAGGCUUCUGCUUGGUCGCUGGGCUGAAUGCGCGACGUUGUUAGCGUCGAUACUUGCCCUGGUGGGAGCUUCUAUCGCUUAUUGGAUCUUGCUCACGAAUUUUCUUUAUUCAAUGGUGAAGUUCAUUGAGAACGAGAUAGAAAUGGCGAACAAAUCACCAGACUUCUACAACUACACAGUAGCAAAUGUGAUCUGUCCAUCGAAGAAUAUCUCUGAUGAGUUAAUCUUGGGAAACUCUUCGUUCGAUGAAUUUUGGUCGCUCAAUCUCACGGCUCCGUUGGUGCUCUUUUUGCUUUUGUUCCCUUUGAUGAACGUGAAAUCUCCGUCAUUCUUUAUGAAAUUCAACGCGAUGGGCACGAUCUCAGUGUUUUUUAUUGCCGUUUUUAUCGGAGUAAAAGUAGGAGAGUGGGGCUUUCACGUGAACAUCCAUGACGACACUAGGGAUGAUUACGUAGCAUUGUACUCGUUAUCUUCGGCUCAUGUUCUUACUGGUGUCUUGUCGCUCGCGAUGUUCACGCAUAAUGUAAUCAUCACGAUUAUGUCAAAUCAACGGCACCCGGAGAACAAUGGUCGGGAUUUAUCUGCUGCGUACGUGCUGGUGACGAUCACGUAUUGCUCCGUGGGGCUGCUUUUCUGGCUUGCUUUCCCGUUAGCCAAAGACUGUAUCGAGGAUAAUCUCCUGAACAAUUUCAGCGGAAAUGACGUGUUGGCUGCCGUGGCGAGGUGCUUUUUAUUGUUUCAGCUCACUACGGUUUUCCCGCUGCUUACGUAUGUGAUAAGAUCCCAAAUUAUGUAUGUGAUUUACGAAACUGUUUAUCCUGGUUUCUGGCAUGUGCUUUUCCUGAAUUUAUUGAUAGCUAUUUUGUGCGUGCUUUUUACGAUCUUCCUGCCGCAAAUCGGGACCAUCAUAAGGUUUGCUGGUGCAUUUUGCGGGAUGGUCCUUGUGUUUACUCUUCCCUGUGUGGCGUACAUGGCUGUGCUGAGAAGGCAAGGGAAGCUGAGUUUCCCUAUUCAAGUUUUCCAUGGACUUCUGAUAGCGGGUGGCUUGUUGAAUUUGGCGCUGCAAUUCGUUGGUGGGGAUUAAUUCGGGAAAUGGAACUUGAGCUCUUACUGUGAUGUAAAGUUGGUGUUAAAAGACAUAACCGUGAUAAUGAGGGAACGGCUAGACUAACAUUUUUUCGCGGAUGUUCAUGGAUGAUUUUGGAAAUGAAAAUUUUUUUAGAAGUAUUA